AUGCAGCACGCCUCUCUCGGGCCACACCCGCCCACAUCCCUGCUGUUAUUUCUGCAGUCUGCUCCACCGCAGGAGACAUUUGAGGCAUUCAAAGAUGACUGUAAGUUGUUUGGCAUGCCGUGGUACUGUCUCCAGGCGCAGCAAUUAUGUGUUGUGUUGUUGGUGCGGCAUCCGCUUGUGCAAAAAUACCCUCCACGCAAGUCGAAUGUCCGUGCAUUCCUGAAACAUUUUAUCACUCAGCUGGAGCUAACAUGGGCCACACCACAUGUGAAGGAGGCGCUAAACGAUGAGGUCAUCGAUUCUCAGCUCAUUGAGGCAUAUAUAUGUUACUCUCCGAGAGCCGAUAGCGAUUCUCAGACCAGCAUGUGCUACAAGACAUUUUACGCUCCUGGAGCACGGGAAACAUUUCUUUCCAUUCGUUUAGCCGCCGAGCAAUUCGCAAAUGUGGGCCUUGCGCUUUGGCCAGCGGCGUUUGUACUGGUGCAACUUCUCUUGGCGGAAUGCUCCAGUCCCACACCUAUUAUUUUGCCACAUGAAGGUGCUUUGCGAAUUUUGGAACUUGGCGCUGGCGUUGGAUUAACGCCAGUGAUGCUUCAUCAAUACUCAUGCUACAAGAAGAGGGUCCAAGGAAGCGUUCUCACCGAUUAUCAGCCGGAGUUGGUUGAAAACAUUCUCUUUAACCUCCGUUCCCAUAUCAUGAGUGGAGAGCGGCCACAUGAGUCUCUGUCCGACACGGAAGAGACGGGUGCGCCACAUGUUGCUGAACUCCUUGACUGGACGGAGCACGAGCGAAACCGGGAAAAGUUGCGGGAAUGGGGAUGCAAUGUCAUUCUGGCUGCAGACUGCAUCUAUGAAGUGGAUUUAAUUGAUUCUUUUGUGACGACACUUCACCAGGCUUUAAGCGUCUCUGAGGCGGCUGUCGCCAUCGUCGUACAGACACAUCGUCAGAAUAAAACGAUGAAAUGUUUCUUUGACGCCGUUCGAAAGGCGGCGAUGUGUGUUUCCUCCUACCGGCUUGCCAAGAGCAGUAGCCAGCCGUCGGAGAACCUCAUGUUUCUUCACAGUUCGCUCUGCCAGGAUGAUGCCAUCGCUGGCUCUGCCGUGGUUUGUGAUGAGAUUGACGCCGAUGGCAGUUUUAAAGGGUGUCAGGCGGGGAGCUGCGUACGUGGAUGGGUGGGUCCUUUUUUUCUGCACUCUGAGGCGGCGGUGGGCAUUCACGUGCUUCGACUCGGUUGA